CUCAGUUUUUGAGUAUCUAGUCCGAUAAACUGUGGCGUUGAACCCCUAAGAUGAGAGUUAUGAACAUUAAUAUUGGUAGUACACCUAAAUUAUUUAAAUCAGUGAGAUAUUCUCUGGCCGCCGUUAAUUCUAUAUUUUUGAUAAAGGGCAUUAUACUGCCUAUACUUGGAGUAACGUAUUUGGUAAAACAUAAUGUUUACGACCAACUUAUUACAAAUAGAUUUAUUAACUUACCUGCCUUUACUAUAGCAACAGGAGUUCUGAUUUUAGCCAUUGCCGUCUUGGGUUACUAUGGAGCUUUUUCCGAAAAAUUUUACGUUGUUGCCGGUUACGCAGCUCUCAUGGUAGUAAUAUUUGUUUUUGAGAUGACGAUAACAAUAAUCGCAUUUGACCUUCGCAAUAGUUCAGCGACAGCAAUAAGAACACCAAUGGUGGAAAGUAUGAAUUUAUAUGAAGCGAGACGGGAUAUUGCCAGGCUAUGGGACGAUUUGCAAAUGAGCUUUGAGUGCUGCGGUGUGUCUGGUCGACACGACUGGUCCAACCGUAUACCAAUCAGCUGUUGUCACAUCGACUACGGAACCAUCUCACCGUUUCAGUGCAAUAUUAGUAAUUCUUAUCCAACGGGAUGCGCGUCUGCCCUCGGCGGUUGGUUCAGCACAAAUGCGCAUGUCAUGGGCACUUUUGCUGCUGUAUUUACUUCGAUACAGGCUUUGCUGACAGCAAUGUCCGGAUGGCUAGCGUGGAGGGCCAAAUUCGAAGAAGUCGAGUUGGAGUCGUAAAAAGUCCAGAGUCCAGACUAUAUAACACAUAACAAUGAUUAGAUAGGUGACGAUUUAAAACUCUAAUAAUGACCACAAACUUUUCAUAACAUAAGGCAGACUCCAUAGACUAAAUGAUGUUUUUCGUGAUUGAAUCGCUUCACGUACGUCAUUGAUUCACUCGAAUCCUGUCACAAAUAUGUAUAUUUCAUUCUUCAUAAGAGUUUAAUGUCUGUAAUAAUAAUUAGGUAACAAUUACUGAUGUCAGAAACUUGGAAUUACAUGGAAUGAAAACUUAAGAUUGGUUUUAUGAUUGUAGUAUCACAGAUCAAAUAGAUGAAAUCUGAGUAACCUUAAAUGUUAACGUCAUUGUAUAUCGUAGAUUAUAGAGCCAGGUAUAUCAUAUCGAAAAUAUGUCACUGUAUAAUACCUAUAUAGUAAAGUUAAUAAAGAUUUAACAAAAAUA